UGGUAUCACUAAUAUUUACAUUUUUCAGAUUUUCGGUUUCCGGUACAAAUUGCUCAUACUGACGUUGUUUGGCACAUUUUAAUGCAACCCUUUUGCACCCUGCAUUAUCUGCAUUACUAUCAAAUUGGUUUAUCUCUCUUUUCAAUUGUUUCGCCUCCUACAAAGCCAAAUUAAGUGUGCGGGCACUAUUUAUUUUGACAUUACUUGAAUUUUGGUUUCCUGUACCAUACCCAUUAGUCGGCACCAAAACGUAAACGUAUUAAAAGGGUAAACUCUAAGGUCGAGGCUUGUUAAAUUGUUUAACAAUUCUAUUAACACGCGAUGAAAAUGCAGAAUUCCCAACAAACUACGAUCUUUUCUUUUAUCCAUUUGAAAAAUCUUACCAUGCAGAACUGCAGCAACUGUUGUGGUCUUCCAGCUUUCUUCAUUGUCCUUUAGGAAAUUAAAAAUUAACUGAUACCUGUGCAAAAGACCUUGAGACGGCGGAAUACAGCACGUAAAAUGGUUAUCUCGGCAAUCUUUUUAUCAGCUGAAAGAGAAUGUUUAGCUUGAAUAAAGGUUUGUGUUAAGAGCUAUUUAUUUCUGGAUUAGAGUUGUCUAGGGUGGGUUGGCGCCAGCCGUAAUCAGCGUUAUCAAUAACAUUUCUAUCUCCCUGAAUAUGUGUUUCCUGUUAAAAAAAAACAAAAAAAAAACCGAGUAACGAAAAAUCGAGAUAGAGAAGGGAGAGGAAAGAUCCCUGAGCAUCUUCUCCAUACAAUAAAUCAAAUCUGACGUCUUUUCGACUUUCGAAUUCAAAUUCAGUUUAUAAUUUCGUUAUUGCUGUUCUCGUCAGAACGACUCGUGAGUUGACUACGAAAUGGGAACACACUAUGUCAACAGCUCUCCUACCAGGCAAAAGAAAAAAGAAAAAAAAAAAAGAAAAUUAGUAGUGUAGUGACCUUAAUGAGUAAGGAAAAAAAAUUAACUUUACUUAGUUCAUUUUCGUCAAAACAAAACAAAAUAUUUCCCCCUCCGUUUGUUAAUUUGAAGAGGGGCUUAGUUAACACUGACACUGCAUUCUGCAGCAAUAAAAUACAGCGAAGUGUAAAUUUUUUCUCAUUCUGGUCUUAUCUGGCAGUACGUUUGAUCAAAGAGCAAACAUGGACUCCCGGCUGACUUUCAUCAUCAUAUCCGCUGUUUUCCUCUUCUCUCCCUUCUGCACGGCGAAAGCCGGUUCGUGGACUGAGAUGGGCACUGGUACAAGAAUGCCACUGGAGAAAUGGUGCUAUCGCCAGCAGAAGUAUUCCGUGGUUCGAUAUCAUAAUAUUACAGCAGAACCUGAGAUACAAGUUGAUGUUGGCGAAUGCAGAGCACGAGAUAACUUGUCUCCAAACCAAGCGAUAACAAAGCCAAGCAAUGAUUGUGUCCCAAGUUCGCUAGUUAUGAAGCGCGUUCUACUCUACCACACAUUCAUAGCGGAGAUGGAAAGAGUUCUGACCUGUCAGAAGGUGCCUUCAACCUGUCAGCGGCUUCCGCGCAUGGUCACCUACUACCCUGGCACUAUGUACCGCCGCACUAUUGAUGUCGGGGCAUGCGAGGGACUGUGCCGAGACAAGAUGGCUUGCAAAGCAACCAGAGUCACUACAUUCGCACCGUCCACUCCCAAUGGUAAACGAAGCAUUGAAGUCAUCCAGGACUGCUCAUGCGUGAUACCUUACUGUUACCGAGUGUCAGCAUUUGAAGCGUUCCCUGAACAGUACACUGAUGCCAAGGGCGAAAACGCGGUCCGGACCAAGCUCAUCGAUAUGGGUAAGUGUGUCGACAACAACCGCUGUCCAAUCCAGGAGAAACGUCACUGGCCAUUUACAUUCCCAAAGGUGUUUCAUAUUCAUCGGGAGAUCAGGUGUUCCAAAAACACAACUAAAGUACAGUCCUAUGUGGCAAUCGGAGGACGUCAAGUGAACGUGGCCACGAUCAACACUUGCUCGUGCAACUGAGAGUAGCAACUGAGUUUCGCCAUCCUCAUCAAUGUCCCUAGUGACUUUUAAUGUUUGAUUUUCUAGCUGAAGCAGUGUUCAGAUAGAACGGGGGGACUUAAAAUGCAUGAAAGUUCAAAUCAGAAUGUCUCAUUACAUAGUCAUCAUAGUUUGCAUAGAUUCACCUAAAAUUUAAUUAACAGGAAACAUUUUUGACAGAAUACGUCUUGUUCUCGAAAUAUAUACACCCGUAGCAGCAACAUUUUAGCUGGCAGAUUUUUUUUUCCAGUGCCUUUACAGGCAAAGUUAUUUGGCUUAUAUUUUUAUCGAUUCGUUUUUAUUAGUUUUGAAUGAACUCAGGAACGAUCCGCAAAACGGUGAAAGAGUCUGAUCAAUGAUGAUGUCGGCUAAUGAAUCAUCGUGCUCGUACGAUUUGUACCGUUAAGAAACACUUGAUGUCUAUUUUUUGCUGAAGUAAGCACCAGUUUAUUUGCAAACGAAAUCAUUAAGAAUCCAUUUAUAUGACCAUCAGCCAUUUGUAUUGUAGCUAGACUACCGAAAUCAUUUUUUGUAAUAAAAACUCAGGUAGACGUAAACAA